AUCUUGAAUAUUAGAGAAAAGACAAUGGAGUUGAGCUUGGGUUUGAGUUCUGUCUAUGUUCCAAAAACCAUAUCCGAGUUUGUCGAAGAAGUUUCCAAGAUAGAAGAUGGGUUCCAGAGAUCAUCGAAGAUCAGUGAUUUUGUUCAAAGAUUGGAAGGCGAGAUGAAGAAAAUCGAUGGUUUUAAACGUGAACUUCCCCUUUGCAUGCUUCUCUUGAAAGAUGGGAUUGAGAGAUUGAAGGUUGAAGAAAUGCAGUGUAAAGGAAUGGAUGAAGGGCUGCCAUCGGAGAAAAAUGAUGGCGGUGACAAGAAAAACUGUCCGAGUUUACUUCAACUCAGUAACUCUGACUUCGACAACGCUGAUCACAAGAAGAAGAAACCAAACAUAAUUCCAGAACUGCUUCUUAUGAAUCCCGGUUUUGAUUUGGCUAAUGCUAAUCCAAUCGUGAAGAGCAAUGGCGGCUGCACAAUUGCUUCUAGCUCUUCCAUAACACCUGAAAACCCCCUAUUUAAUAUUCAGACAAGUUCACAACAGCAGCAGAAUUCGAGGAAACCCAGGCAAUAUUGGUCGCCCGACCUUCAUAGACGAUUUGUCUUGGCACUUGAGGAGCUUGGAGGUUCUCAAGCGGCAACGCCUAAGCAGAUUAAACAACUUAUGCGAGUUGAUGGUCUCACUAAUGAUGAAGUGAAAAGCCAUUUGCAGAAACACAGGCUUCAUGUCCGAAAACUUGAGGGUUCUGCUGCACUAAAACAGGGCAUUGAGCUCAUGCAAUCGCAAUCUGAUUCUCCACAAGGUCCCCUCACAAGUUCCGACGAUGAUAGUAUGAAUGCUGAAAAUAAUGAAAAGUCAGAUGGCCAUAUUGAGGAAGUGGGGAGGAUAGAUUGA